AUGAAAACAUUGGCUAAAAUGGCAGCGACCAUGAGCAACGUGGAUGAAAUUCGGGAUAGAGUGAUAUUAGGUGAAUUUGAUAUAAAAAAUGUUCAUACAACAGAUUACCCUGGCAAUUAUCCAGGCUACGAUGACACAUGGAACUUGCAGAAAUUUCAAAAGAAUUUCAGAAUCGACGUGGUGCAAAUGGAUGAGACUUUUCUGGAGUUCGACAUGGUGGGCAUAGAUGCUGCUCUCGCCAAUGCCUUUCGAAGGAUAUUGCUAGCAGAGGUCCCCACUAUGGCUGUCGAGAAGGUGCUUAUUUACAACAACACAUCUAUCAUUCAGGAUGAGAUCCUUGCCCACAGGCUGGGCUUGAUCCCUAUCAAGGCUGACCCACGACUGUUCGAGUACAGAAACGCAGGGGACGAGGAAGGCACAGAAAUCGACACAAUUCAACUUCAACUGAAGAUCAAAUGCACCAGGAACCCCAGAGCCACCAAAGACUCCGCUGACCCCCGGGAACUUUACUUGAAUCACAUGGUGUACUCUAAGGACAUGAAGUGGGCCCCUAUUGGGAACCAAGCUGAUGUGUUUGCAGAUGCCAACAUCGGUCCAGUACAUGGGGACAUCCUUCUGGCUCAGCUCCGGCCUGGACAGGAGCUGGAUAUAGUCAUGCACUGUGUGAAAGGCAUUGGUCAAGACCACGCCAAGUUUUCACCUGUGGCUACAGCCAGUUACAGACUCCUUCCUGAGAUCACACUAAUGGAAACAGUGGAGGGGGAGAAAGCGGAGCGACUAAAACGCUGCUUCUCACCUGGAGUCAUUGAAGUGGAGAACCAUGGGGGAAAGGUUGUUGCCAAGGUGGUGAACAGCCGCUUAGAUACCUGCAGUAGGGAGGUUCUCCGACAUGACGACCUCAAGAAUGCUGUGAAACUUGCAAGAGUGCGGGACCAUUUUAUCUUUUCUGUAGAAUCCACUGGCAUCCUGGCACCUGAUGUCCUGGUCACAGAGGCCAUCAAAGUUCUCAUGACCAAGUGUCAGAGAUUCCUCAGUGAACUCGAUUCCACAGAGAUGGAAUAAGAGCUAUUAAGUUGGACCAGAUGUAAAUACCCACUACAGGGGUUGGAUAUAUGUGUGUGAUGUGCCGGUGUCAACAUGCUUUGGACAGUAGAAUACAACACCAGUUGGAAUAGCAGAACAAUGUGUGAAUCCUGAGGAUUUCUUUUAUUUUUUAUUUUGUCCUUUUGGGUAUACAAGAAAAAUAGGUUGAGGUCUUUACUGAAUGAAGAGGGAUUUAGAACUAAUUUGUCAAUGGCGGGAUUGGCUCUUCUCAGCCAGGUGCACAGUUAUGUGUUGUGUUCUGUAUGAACUUGUUUCAUGAAACAAUAAAGGUAAAGCAUAUUACUCUAUA